AUGCCUAUCAACACCUCGUCGUCCGAUGAAGGCGUCACGGGCGCCGCAAAGUUCGUCACCUCUGCCGUGGGUAACACCGUCGGCGGCCUGACUCGUACCGUGGGCGGCGUCACCGGCGCUGCAGGCCGUGGCAUCGGCGACACCAUCACUGGCGCCACGGGCAGUUUGGGAAAACCCGUGGGAGAUGGCCUUGCGAACACCUUGACCGGCAUCGAGAACGGGGCACGAAAAGUUGCCCGCGGCGUCGAGGAUGCAGGGCAGUGGAAGAGUGGCGCCCCGCGGUUUUGA